AUGAAGCUCUCGUCAGCGUUUGCAUUCCUCGGCCUCGUGGCCGGCGCGAUAUCUGCCGGCAUCGCGCCCCGCGACUGGGAUAAUAACGAUUACUAUGUCCUCCACCUCGACCCUAACACCUCACCCGAUGACGUCGCCAAAGCCCUGGGUCUGCGCCACGAAGGGCCCCUCGGUGAGCUGCGCGACCACCAUGUAUUCGUCGCAAAAAAGGACGACCAGGAUAUUGUGAAGAGACAAUUGAAGGAGAGAAAGAAGAGGCGAGCACUAGGUGAGCGGCACGUCCUGGAUGGCGUGCUCUUCUCCCAGAAGCAGCGCUUGCGCAGCCCCUGGCAGAAGCGCAUCCCGCCUGUUCGCCAGGGCCCCGCGCCGCUGCGUCCCCGGGAUUCUCCCGAUGAGACGGCAGUCCAACUCCAGAAGGACAUUGCCAACGUCCUGGGUAUCCACGAUCCCAUUUUCAACGAGCAGUGGCAUCUGUUCAACACCGUCCAGGUCGGGCAUGAUGUCAACGUCACCGGCCUGUGGCUUCAGGGUGUGACUGGCAAGAAUGCUACCGUCGCCAUUGUGGACGACGGCUUGGACAUGUACAGCAAUGAUCUUAAAGACAAUUACUAUGCUGCCGGUUCCUACGACUUCAACGACAAGACGGAGGAGCCCAAGCCUCGCCUGUCGGACGACAAACAUGGCACUCGUUGCGCUGGCGAAGUCGCAGCUGUGCGCAACGACGUCUGCGGUGUUGGUGUCGCGUACGACUCCAAGGUCGCUGGGCUGCGCAUCCUGUCCAAGUUGAUCUCCGAUGCCGACGAGGCCGUGGCCCUCAACUACGACUUCCAGCACAACCAGAUCUACUCUUGCUCCUGGGGUCCGCCGGAUGACGGUCGCAGCAUGGACGCCCCCGGCAUCUUGAUACGGCGCGCUAUGUUGAACGCCAUCCAGAACGGUCGCGGCGGUCUUGGGUCGAUCUACGUCUUCGCCAGCGGCAACGGUGCUCAAAACGACGAUAACUGCAAUUUUGACGGCUACACCAACAGUAUCUACAGUAUCACUGUUGGAGCUAUCGAUCGCAGAGGGUUGCAUCCUCACUACUCGGAGAAGUGCUCAGCCGGCCUGGUUGUCACCUACUCCAGCGGCAGCGACGAUUAUAUCCAUACCACCGACGUCGGCCCCAACAUGUGUGCUCGCACCCACGGCGGCACCUCGGCUGCGGCCCCUCUCGCCGCCGGUAUCUUCGCGCUUGUUCUGCAAGUCCGCCCGGAUCUGUCGUGGCGUGAUAUGCAGUACCUUGCCAUGGACACUGCUGUUCCUGUCAACCUUGAUGAGCCCGACUGGCAGACAACCGCCAUCGGCAAGAAGUUCAGCCAUACAUACGGCUACGGCAAGCUUGACAGCUAUGCCAUCGUUGAGGCUGCCAAGACCUGGAAGAAGGUCAAGCCGCAGGCCUGGUUCUUCUCUCCUUGGAUUCAUGUCAAGAAGCCCAUCCCUCAGGGCGACCAGGGUAUCGCUGUCACCUUCGAGGUCACUGAACAGAUGCUCAAGGAAGCCAACCUCGAGCGUGUCGAGCAUAUCACCGUGACGAUGAACGUCGAGCACGGCCGCCGCGGCGACCUCAGCGUCGACCUCAUAAGUCCGCACAACGUGGUCAGCCAUCUGUCCGUCACCCGCAAGUUUGACGACGCCACGACUGGCUACGACGACUGGACCUUCAUGAGUGUUGCUCAUUGGGGCGAAUCUGGCGUUGGCACCUGGACUAUCAUUGUCCGUGACACUAUUGUCAACUCCUUCACUGGUACCUUCAUCGACUGGCAUCUUAAGCUCUGGGGCGAGUGCCGUGACCCCGCGAAGGCCAAGCUCCUUCCUAUGCCAACUGAGGACGAGGAUGACGACCAUGACGCCAUCCCGACCACCACGGUCGGCUCCCUGUUCACAACCUCUGCCCCAGCCAACGCCCACCCGACGUCAUCCAUCCCCGAGUCGGCCCUCAACCACCAGCCUACCCGCCCCGUCAAGGGCGGCAAACCCACCUCCACAUCAACCGCCGGCAGUGAACAGCCCACGGAAGCAGCCGCCAGCCAAAACAAUUGGCUCCCCUCUUUCCUCCCCAAGUUCGGCGUCUCGGCCUCGACCCAAGCCUGGAUAUACGGCUCGCUCGUCCUCAUCAUCCUCUUUUGCUCCGGCCUGGGCAUCUACCUGUGGCUGGCCCGCCGCAAGCGGCUGCGCAACAACCCGAGGAAUGACUACGAGUUUGAGCUGCUCAACGACCAAGAUGAUGUGGAUGGCCCUGGUGGGGAUGCAGAGAAGGGCGUGGGAGGUGCUGGUACUGGCAAGAGAAGGACCAGAGGGGGCGAGCUGUAUGAUGCUUUUGCCGGUGAGUCGGAUGAGGAGAGUGAUGAGGUUGAGGCUGGAGGUGUGUAUAGGGAUCAUCCAGAGGGCAGUGGAGGGUCCGGGUCGCCGAUUCGGGUUGGUGAGAAGUUGCCUGCUCCGGCGAGAGCGAGGAGGGAUAGUGAUGAGGAGAGCGGGCAGCAUGUGAUUGGGGAUAGUGAUGAUGAGGAGGAGAGUGAUGAUGUGCAAGCUAGGCCGUUGCAGAGGGGGAGCAGGUAG